GCUGACGAACUCGCUUUAUCUGGAGUGGAUAUAAUCACUGGUUCGAUGCAGGAUAAGAAUUCAAAAGUCAUUUAAUGUAGGCUACAGUAACAUUGACACCUAGCAAGAUUAUAGCUAAUGCUAGUUUGCUCUUGUAAGCUUCCUCGGCUAAACUCUGCUAGCCUGCUAGCUGUUUGAACAGAAAGCGUGUGAUAACUUGUCAGAAACUUCUGGAAACGUGUGGCUGGCUUUGCGGCCAAUCACAAAUAUUAACUGUUGCUAAGGAGCGGCAACAGUGUACUCUACCGAUGACCGACAAGGAGGAGACCAUGGACGUCUCUGACAGCUCUGACAGUCCGCCAUCAGCUAAGAAGAAUGGACGGACCUCGUUGCUGGACAGUGGAGAAGAUUUUGAGGUUUUGGAUGAGGCAGAUAUUGACGACGACCCCCCUCCUUUGGAAGAUGCAGGGGGUGGGAAAGGGAAGCAACCGGAGUCUAAAGAGGAAGAUGCAGAUGCAGACGCAGAUCAUUCAGCUCCUGUGGAGGAAUGGCUGGAUGUAUUAGGUAAUGAUCAGCUGAAGAAAAAGGUCCUGGUGCCUGGAGAAGGGAGAGACAGUCGACCACUGAAAGGACAAAAUGUUAGAAUUAAUCUUAAAACAUGCUUGAAAGAUGGGACGCUUGUGGAGGAGCAGCCUGAUCUCACUUUCACUCUUGGAGACGGAGAUGUCAUUCAGGCUCUGGAUCUCACUGUGCAGCUCAUGGAGAUGGGGGAGAAGGCACUGAUCCAGACUGAUGCAAAAUACGCGUUUGGUGCACGGGGAUGUUCUGAACCUGAGAUUCCCCCAAACACUGAGUUGUCCCUCGAAGUGGACCUGAAAGAAGCAACUGAUGCCCCUGACCUGGAAAUGCUGCCCCCUGCAGAAAAGAUUGCCCUAGCCAGCCAUAAACGAGAGAGGGGAAAUGUUCAUUUUCAGCGUGGAGAUUAUGCCUUUGCCGUCAACUCAUAUAGUAUUGCCCUGCAGAUAGCAGAGUCAAGCUCUAAAGUGGACAUCAGCCCUGAGGAGGAGAGUGAGCUUAUAGAUGUAAAAGUGAAAUGUUUGAACAACAUGGCAGCCUCUCAGCUGAAACUGGACCACUAUGAUGUAGCACUUAAAUCUUGUGUCUCAGCCCUAGCACACCAGCCAGACAACAUAAAAGCACUUUUCCGCAUGGGCAAGGUACUAGCAUUGCAGGGAGAAUACACAGAAGCCAUUCAAUCUCUGAGGAAGGCUCUGAAGUUGGAACCCAGUAACAAGACAAUCCACGCAGAGCUCUCCAAGCUGGUGAAGAAGAACUCGGAGCAGAGAGGAGCAGAGCAGGCCAUGUAUAAGAAGAUGCUCGGUAACCCAACCAAUGGCAGCAGCACACAGAAACACAGGGCCAAGGCUUCAUGGGGUCUCAGCUGGAAAUGGCUGUUUGGUGCCACUGCUGUAGCCAUUGGUGGAGUAGCCUUAUCUGUCGUUAUAGCUGCUAGAAAUUAACCCAAGUCAUUCCUGAAGGCCUGACCAAGCCGCAACAAUGUGAGUGCAGAAACACCAGAAGAAAAUCUUCUGACUUUGGGCCGAAGGGGGUUAAAAUGCCAGUCAAUUGCUUCUUCACUGUCACUCUCUUUUCUCUGCUAUGUUUGAGAACUAUGUGACAAAUAAUAAAACAUCAAUUCUUGCACAUGGACACUGUAUUUCCAACCUUAUGACUAUCAAGGUUAUGCAUAUCUGUCAGGAUGCCAGACACUGUUUUCUUUUGCUACUGUUGAUUUGCCUUUGGUAGAUACAGGUCAAUAUUUGCAUUAAAGGAUUAAAACAUUACUAUAGAUUAUAAUAGUCAGUAUUUCAAUAUUUUCUCAUUCACAAUAGCUUUGGUUUUCUGCUCCUAUAUUAUGCUAUGGUUUAAAAGCAUCAGGCAAUGCAGUGAAUUUAUUAUUUCCCAUAAGAAAAAAAUGUGAUUACACCUUUUUUUAAUUGUAAUACAAUGAUUCAUGUUUACUAGCAAGCUCUCACAUCCCUCAACUGCCUUUACACUUUUGUUUUAAAACUCAGUUAUGGUUGGAAUUUGGUAUGAUGAUAAAAUUAAGGAUUUAAAAAAUAUCCAAUAAAGAAUACACAUAAGAAUAAAAUUAAAGACAGCACCCAUAACAGUGCAAUUAAGCAAAUGCACCACACUGCAACCUCAAGAAGAAAUGCCAAUCUGAGCGUGUCAACAAGUUUCAUACGUAAAGUACAUGACUGUGUGUACUGGACUGCAGUUCAGUUCUUGGCAUUGUGAUAUUCCAACUUAUUUAUAAAUCCUUAUACAAAAGCACCCACUAAGGGAGAUUUCGUGUUUAAAGAGUUGCUGUUGCUUCUUUACAAUUACAGAUCGUGGUUCAUAGAUUUUGUUCAGUGAUGUUGCAAUGAAAAUUGCAAAAGUGAAGUUCAUUUUUAUCCAGUUAUGGUCAAUAAUACCUCAGUUCUUUGUCAUUAAAACCAAAUAUUGAAGGCAGUCCCUUCAGGUCCAACUUUUGCUUUGUAUUUCUUUUCUUCUCCGUGUGUAGUUUUUCUUUAAUUUUGUUCUCAUAGGUGUUAAUUUAUUUCACUGUUUUUGAUUAUUGCUUCCUUGUUGCAAUUAAUGUGAAACCAACAAAUCUUUAGCUCCAACAGAGUAGAUGAAAGAUGCACAGAGCAAAUAGUUGCUUUACUCUAAAUAGUUGGUGACAAACGAAGUCUUCAAUGAAACUCCUGGCAUUCCCAGCUUUUGUUAAUUUUAUAUUCAUCACAAUAAAAAAAUUUCUGUUAUCAAACUAA